CCCAACGCGCUCCGGCUGGGCCGGACCAGAGGGGCGCGCGCUCGGGGCGGGAAGGGCAUUCCUGGUCCCGACCCUCCGCGCGGGGGGCUAGGAGCAGGCCGCGCCGGGCGGGAGCCCCACUUCCAUCCCGGAGGCCCCCUCCCCUCACCCCCUUGCCCCCCGGCCCAUGGUGCGAGGCUGGGAGCCGCCGCCCGGGCCGGACCGCGCCGUCUCCGAAGGGCACAAAUCGGAGCGCAGCAUGCCUCCUAAUAAAGAGGCCAGCAACCUGAACGCCUCCCCUGCGGGGCUCGUCUGCCUCCCUCCCAUCUCCGAGGACCUCCAGCUUGUGUGGACCCAAGCAGCCCAGACCAGUGAGCUGGACGGCAACGAACACCUGCUGCAAACCUUCAGCUACUUUCCCUAUCCCAGCCUAGCGGACAUUGCCCUUCUCUGUCUGCGCUACGGGCUCCAGAUAGAAAAAGUCAAGACCUGGUUCAUGGCCCAGCGCCUUCGCUGUGGCAUCAGCUGGUCAUCUGAAGAAAUAGAGGAGACUCGAGCUCGAGUGGUAUACCACAGGGACCAACUCCAUUUCAAAUCUCUCCUCUCUUUUACUCAUCAUGCAGGGCGGCCUCCAGAGGAGGUGCCUCCUUCUCCAUUGCCACCUCCAGAACAAGUUAGUCUUGGAAUAGUGCCCCUGACUCUUAGUGAGCCCACCCAGAUGAAAGGAUUGAAGGUAGAGCCUGAGGAUCCUUCAGAGCCAAUGAGUCACCAGAAAGCAAAGGAGCCUCUGAUGGCACCUGGCAGUGGGGCAUUCUCCCACCAAUCAGGAUUUUGGCAGGAUAUUCAAAGCAGUGAUCUCUCUAAGGAGCAGGCAGGCAGGGGUCCUGACCAAUCACAUGGCCUAGGUACUGCUUCCUGGAACCACUCUACAGCUGUCCACCAGCCACAAGCUCGGGAUAAAGCCCCACCAAUCUCAUUACUUGCCAGUAGUUAUAAGCAGGGGUCAGCAUGUAAUGUGACUCCUCCUUCCUCUACCUCUUCUUCCUCUUUCCAGGUACUGGCUAAUGGAAUUACAGUCACCUCUAAACCCUCCCAGCCACUGGGCUGUCUCCCACAGCCACUGUCACCCAAUGAACAGGCUCUACCCAUACAUGUGGAGCCAGCCUGGCCCCAGAGGCUAAGGCCUAACUCAGUACUAGGUAGCAUUGGCCCUGCAGAGUACCUUUCCCCAGAUACCCAACGCCAGCGAAAGACCAAGCGCAAAACCAAAGAGCAGUUGGCUAUCCUCAAAUCGUUUUUUUUACAGUGUCAAUGGGCACGGCGUGAGGAUUACCAUAAAUUAGAACAGAUUACUGGUUUACCUCGGUCUGAGAUUAUUCAGUGGUUUGGUGACACACGCUAUGCCUUGAAACAUGGGCAACUAAAAUGGUUUCGGGACAAUGCAGUACCGGGUGCCUCUAGUUUCCAGGAUCAAGCAAUUCCCACACCAUCGCCUUCAACCCGCUCUUUGAAUGAAUGGGCUGAGACACCACCUCUGCCAGUGCCCCCACCUCCACCGGAUAUACAGCCCUUGGAGAGGUACUGGGCAGCCCACCAACAGCUACGGGAAAGUGAUGUCCCUCAACUGAGUGAGGCGUCAAGGCUUAGCAUCCAACAGGUACUGGAUUGGUUUGAUUCUCGUUUACCUAAGCCAGCUGAGGUGGUGGUUUGUCUAGAUGAAGAGGAGGAAGAGGAGGAGGAAGAACUGCCUGAAGAUGAAGAAGAGGAGGAGGAGGAAGAGGAUGACAGCGAUGAUGAUGAUGAUGAUGAUGAUGUGAUCAUACAGGACUGAAUGGGGGCUAUGGGAGGGGCAGUCUUAUUAAAAGAUGAACCGACUUAGUAACUGUUUAAACAAAGAAACCACAUUUUAAAAAUUA